AUGACAGAACCCAGUGCUAUCAUAACAGAAGUUUCAGUUAGUUCCAAUUCCCAUUCCUGUUCCGUUUCAGGUGGUGAAGAAAUAGCAAUGAGUACAGAAGAGGCUUCAACGAAAAAUUCACAACCCCAAUUAGUGAAGUUGGGCAAAGCAUUCAAACUGGCUGAACAAUGGGUUAAUAGCAUGAGUAAAUCCUCGGUGGAUGGAAAAUCAACCGCAAUGGAAUUAGAGGGUCGACCUGCUAGGCUUGGAAUUGGUGCAACAGUUCCACGGGGGGCCAGAGUUGCAAAUUCAAGCGAUCCAGUCGAAAGAAAAUUGCUUGCCAAGUUGGAUGCUGAGAAAAGGAAAGCCGUGAAAAGAGCUGAAGAAUUUGCGCCAUCUUCAAAAGAUGGAAAUGUUGAUGAAGAUAGUGAAGACGAGUUGGAAAGUAAAACAAAAGCUUUUGCCAAGAAGAGACCACUAAAUAUAACGGCAUCUCUACAGCAGAAAAAGAAGCAUAAAUAG